AUGAGCGUCAUCCCAGUCACAGCGUUCAUCCGCUCCGCGUUCGAGUCUCUCGCCCUUACAGGCCAACUCCUUCCAACUGUACUUCAAGCAGACCCGCGCAUCACCUACACAGGAUAUAUUCCGGAAGCACAUUACCCCCAAGAAAAUGACACAAUCACCAGUCUCCCGCUCCUUGUCGCCGUUCACACCACAGGCCGUGCUGGCGACCGCAUAAUCGAGCAGUGGAAGGACUUUGCCGACGCCAACAAAGUGGCCCUCAUCACGCCUUUAUUCCCCGCUUUCCUGCAAGGGCCUCUCGACCAAGAUGCUUAUCAUUUCCUCGGCCGCCCACCACCUUGGGCCGGCGAACCCGCGGGAAGUUGGUUGAGCAAGGCCAUAUCUAUCCCCGGUGGGUCACAAGUGACCAUAACGCCAAAUGAUCCCGAGAUUGACCUCCGGCUCGAUUUGUUGUUGCUGAAUUUGGUGAAAGAGGUCGGGGAGCGCUGGCCGGCCAUUGAGACAGAUAAAUUUUUUCUCUCCGGUUUCUCUGGCGGUGGUCAAUUCUCCCAUCGCUUCUUUUAUCUGCAUCCAGAAAAACUGGAGGCGGUGUACGUGGGAGCUCCGGGCUCCACCACGCAGUGGAAUUUCACGCAGAAUUGGCCAACCGGGUUGCAGAACUGGGAAGAUAUCUUCCACAAGUCUCUGGAUGUGGAGAAAUUGAGGGCAGUCCCGGUUUUCGGUGCCGUGGGGAGCAAUGACAUUGUCAAUGAUGGACUGCGGCUCAGGAAGCAUGUGUCUGGUUCGGAUUUUGGCACGGACGAGGAGACGAACCGCACGAGGGUAUCGAGACUCACGACUCUGGUCGAAGGCUGGCAGGAGGCAGGGUUCAAUGCCAGUUAUACUGUCGUCGAAGGCCCGGGACAUGAGAUGGAGAGGGUCAAUCCGCCCGUCGAGGAAUGGUUAAGGACGCAGAUCCAUAGUUGGUGGGCGAAACGCUCUGUGCAGAAGCGAGGUAAGAUCGCGGCUGACAAGUGA